AUGCUGACUCUCCUCUCGCUGGGCUUUGCCCCCGCGCCCGAGCCGGUGUGCCCGGCGCCCGGCGCCACCUACUUCACCGAGACCAUUGCAUGGACCGAGGGCGUCGACAUGUCUGCCGAUUCGCUGCACUACAAAGAUGGCGUCGACAACAACCCAUGGCCGCUCGACGUGGCUGCCUCGCGAGUUUUCCGUACGCUUCCGGCCGGAAAGGAAGCGUACAAUUAUCGGUCCAAGGUGCUGAUGGGCAUGGCCCAGACGCGCGUGCUCAACGAGCCGCCCUCCGUCACGCCCAAGGACGCGGUGACGUUUGACCUGCCGGCGGUCAUGAAGCCAGCCACGCCCGAGGGCAUCAUGAUGCUCUCCAUGACGUCGACCGAGCUGACCAACAUCGCCUUCGACAUGCUCGACAAGUACGACGCCGAGUUCAACAUGGUCGAGGACACGUACGACCUCGCCGGCUACGCCACCGCCUACGGCUCGUGGGAGUACCUCAGCAACGUGGUCGAGACCGAGUCGCCGCUCGUCACCUACGCCCUCCAAGCCGGCGCGGUGCCUCUCUUCAAGUCCUCGGUACCCCAGCUCACGUGGGGCUUCGCGAAUUUCAACGGGACCACCUACUCGUGCCUCAACGGCGGGUACUCCGCGGGCGCGGGCUCCUCUGGCGGCUCGUCCAUCGGCUCCGGCACCGCGGUCUGCCUCGGUGUCGUCCCCGUCUCCAUCUGCGAGCAGACGGGCUCGUCGUGCCAGGCGCCCGCAAUCGCCAACGGCAUCGCCACGAUGAUCCCCGCCAUCGGCACCUUUUCGCGCGAGAACAACGGCCUCUACUCGAUGGAGUCGGACCGCCCGGGCCUGCUCUGCCGCGACGUCAUGUCGUGCGCCGUCUUCUACAACUACAUGCGCGGCAAGUCGGACGGCGACCCGCAGUCGCGCGACGUGCCCUUCCAGGACCCCGCAUCCGUCGACAUCUCGUCGCUCUCCAUCGGCUUCGCCGACAACUCAGACACGGCCGGCUGGCCCGAGGCUUGGGACACGCCGCUCAAAGGGCAGCGCACGAACGUGUACGACGCGCUCGUCGCGACCGGCGCGACCGUGACCCAGAAGGACCAUCUUGCGGACUUCUUCGACCCGCCUCAGCUUCUCAAGGACUACGAGGAGGCCGGUAUCGGCAACGAGUGGUUUGGCUGGUGGGACUGGUAUUGGCUCAACGUCGAGGGCUUUUUCGAGGACUUGUUCAAGUACGGCUCCGACAAGGGUACCAGCUAUGGCCCUGUCUGGUACGGCCAGAACACCAAUUUUGAUAAGGGGGACCACAAGCACCACAUCCUGACCAGCGCCUACGCCUACCUCGAUACUCUCUGGAUCCACGGCUACGUCAGCGAGAAGGCCAUGUACCCGAUGCUCGAGGAGCAGAUGCCAGGCAACGUGAUGGUGCACUUUGCGCAGAGCGAGCUCAACGGCGCCGUCAACAAGGGCAUGGUGAAGCGGGCGGGCAUCAACACCGUCCACUUCCCGGAGUACUAUUGGGACGUGACGGCGACUGGCGACUGGACUUCGGCGCACGAGGCCGCUUACGAAGACUUCUACUCCGCGACGCCGCACCACCCGGCGAUGAUCACCUGCGAGUCGAAGAAGUACGAGCCGGCCAAGGCCCUCGCCGUGUGCGACUAUCUGCAGAAGACCCUCGUGACAGGCGGCAAGCUCAUCUCGCCAAACAUCGCCGCCAUCCACUCCGCGAUCGCAGACGGCACCCACGACCUCGACUGCCCGUACGACUGGUCCGACAAACCUGGUUACGCGGGAUACCCGGACACCUCGGGCAUGCCCCAGUACCUCAAGGCGAAGAUCCACGCCAAGAAGAAGAACAUCGGCGUCUCGGUGUCCUGCAAGGUCGUGACUGGAGGCUGUGACGGCGGCACCUGCGGCUGA